ACGUGUGUGUGUGUCUAUGUGGGAGAGUGUGUUCGCACUGUAGUAGUCACGAUUAUGUGUAACAGGUAAUAUGUUUCGCUGUUACAGCUGCAGAGCGUGUAAUCUCACUUGUGUGUACACCGCCUGUGUCCUCCCGAAGCGACUGGACAGUUUGACUCGGUGGAAAACAGCUCGUUUGCGCCGCCGAGCCGCUCCAUCUCUGCUAAGCCUCAUUAGUGAGCUAAUAGACAAUCUCAGACUGUCUCUUUCUCUUCGCCUUGUUGCUUCUCCUGCGACUUUUACAAAUUUCGCCCUCACAUUAGAGCAGACGGGAGCUAAUUCGCUGAGAGUUGCAUGGCCGGCUAGUAUUCAAACCGUUGUUUGGCGUGAAAAUCAGACGCCCAAGUGCCCUAACUUUUCUCUGUUUUGACCGCCAGGCUUGCCUAGCAAAGCGAGACAUGGCUGAAAUUAUUGCCGUCAACGCUUGUUUGCCGUCUCCCUCCACUAUGAACGUCACCUUCCCGGUGCAGGAGGACUACCUGUUCGUGGAGUCCAGGCACCCCAGCACUGUCCUGCAGGGCCUGAACAGCCUGCGUCUCAACAAUGCCUUCUGUGAUGUGACUCUGUGCUGCGGGGGACAGGAGUUCCCCUGUCAUCGCAUAGUGCUGGCCUCUUUCAGCUCUUAUUUCCAGGCAAUGUUUUCCACAGACUUGAUAGAGUCCAAGCAGGAGCGGGUUGCCAUCAAUGGAGUUGAACCUCAGAUGAUUGGCAUGCUGGCCCUGCUGGCGGCGGCAAACCUGCUGGACGUGAUGGCUGUUCGAGAGGCCUGCUGCCGUUUCAUGGAGCGGCAGAUGGAUGAGAUGAACUGUGUGGGGAUUCACUGCUUCGCCGAGGCCCAUUCUUGUAAGGUGCUGGAGAAGCGCAGCAUGGACUACAUCCUUGAGCACUUCAGCAGCGUUUAUCAGCAGGAGGAGUUCCUGUCUCUGUGUGUGGACAAACUCACUGAGAUCAUUGCCAGUGACCAUCUCAAUGUGCCUAAAGAGGAGAUGGUGUUUGAAGCCGCCAUGUUGUGGUUGAAUAAAUGCCCCUCUCGCAAACAGAACUUUGAAAAGGUCCUCGAGCACAUCCGCCUGCCUCUUAUCAGCCCCUACUACCUCCACGAUGUGAUCGAGUCUCUGGAUGUGGUGAAGGAGAGCCAGGGCUGCCAGAGGCUCAUCUCCGAGGCCAAGGACUACCUGCUGCUAAAGGACCGCCGUGGAGAGCUCUACUGCCCCAGAGCGAGGCCUCGCAGGUCCACAGGCACAGCAGAAGUGAUAGUGACAGUCGGCGGGGAGGACGACAAGGUGGUGCUGCGCAGUGUCGAGAGCUUCGAUCCUGUGACCAGUCAGUGGAAGAAUCUGGCCUGCCUGCCCUUUGCUGUGAGCAAACACGGGCUGGUCGUGUCAGACUCAACUCUGUAUUUGGCAGGAGGGGAGUUUCCUGAUGGCUCAGCCAGCAGGGAGAUGUGGCGCUACGACCCCUGCUUCGACUCCUGGAUGGAGAUGGCCCCCAUGAAUGUAGCUCGAUCUGAGUUAGGCCUGGUGAUACUUGAUGGCUUUGUGUAUGCAGUGGGAGGGUGGGAGGGACGGUCUCGUCUGGACUCAGUGGAGUGCUACAACCCUCACACCAACUCCUGGCAGUUCACAGAGUCUGUCAAGAUGGCGGUCACCAGUCCUGCUGUGGUGGCCCUGGACGGACUGCUCUAUGUUACUGGUGGUGCAGUUCUAGAGGAUGGAGAUGGCACAGACCUUGCCCAGGUGUACAACCCUAAAACAUCAGUAUGGACAGAGGUCGCCCCAAUGCAGAUCGCUCGCUCUGGUUCAGCAGCCUGUACGCUCAAAGGAAAGAUCUACGUUAUAGGCGGAUGGCAUGCCUCAACAGAGAACACCGAUAAGGUGGAGUGUUACAAUCCCAAGACCAACCAGUGGACCAUGUGUGCCCCCAUGAAAGAACGACGUUAUCGGCCCGGUGCUGCUGUGGUGGAUGGAAAGAUCUACGUCCUUGGAGGAGAGGAAGGUUGGGACAGAUAUCAUGACACUAUUGAGAGGUACUGUGAUGAGACAGACACGUGGGAGAUUGUCGGGGAGAUGCCCACCAGUCGCAGCUGGCUCAGCUGUGUGUCUCUGCAGCUGAGGAAGGACAUCCACAUGAGCAGCUGUCCUGGGACGCCAAAUGACAACUGAAGUCAGACGUCACAGAGCAGUCUUUCCUGGUUAUUAUUUGCGUCCUCAUCGGGGACAGUGCACUGCAAAGCUCAGAGCUGUGGAGAGCAGCGAACAGAGAAGUGCGUGGAUUUGGCACUGCGCUGUUUGAGCUGUUGCUGGCCGCAAAAAGUUUUUUUUUUUUAAAUCAGUGACAGCUUGUGGAAUAAGUGUCACUCACUUGGGUGCCUCCUUUGGCGUGGAGACAAAGGAAACGGCGUCGACACACGUGAUCUCAAGUAACUGUGAUGGACGACUCAGUCAGAAGUCUGAACUCCCUUUCUGUAUGAUGUGAAUAUGUUUAGAGUAUUGUUUUUAUGUGCGAGCACCUCGAAUCUGUGAAGAUUUUCCCAGCCAACAUAAUGUAUUUUUGUAUCAUUAUUAUGUGAUGUAUUUAUUGGAGUGUGACUAGCUGUGAGAAUGACCUUUUAAACAUUUCGCUCCAUCAAAAAGAUGCUCUCUGGGCCAAAGAAUCAAAUUGUGAAUAUUUUCAAAGGUCACCUGUGAAAAAGAUGUCUUAAUGUGAGCAGUGUUUUUGUAAUUAAACUUUGUACGUUUUGAAUGAUUGUCUUUACUACCUGUAACAUGUCUAGUAUAUUUUUGUAAUGUAGUGCGUGUCAUGAAUUUUAGUGACUUUAAAUGGAGUUGGAUUCUAAUAAAGAUGUUUAA